AUGGUCCAGAACUACCCUCAAGAAUCGAAGGGCCCCACGACCGCUCCGACCCAACCGUCAGACUCGAUGGACAUAGACCAUCCGGAGGAUCAAGACCCGAACGAAGGAGCGGAUCCUUCGAUGGAUAUAGAACCAACGAAAUUGAAUGCGGUCGAAGACCAAGCCUGCAGGAUCUACCGACAACAGUACCACAUGUACGAGACAGCGAAAAAAGCGAACCAGCACGCGGACGCCACACGAGCGCUGACCGAGUGCCAACGCUCGUACCGCAACAUCUCGAAGAAACUCACUUGGCAGUUCGCCCUCUCCAUCAACAACGGGUGGAACCCGUUCAAAGAGGCGAAAUCGGCCAAGCUCCUAGCGAAACUAGAAGGCCGCUCGCAACCGACGGCCAGCGGAUCUCGACCCUCCGGGAGCUACACCUCCUCCAGCAACCAACGCGGGAAGCGACCAGCCGAAACGCAACUCAACCAGCUCGGAAAAAUAGCGAAGCUCGACACAUCGUGGCGAGAGACGAUGGCGGCAGCCAGAGCGUUACAGCAAGCCCGAGCCCAAGUGCUAGAAGAAUUACGCAAGGAGGAAGAAGCCUCCAAGCGCCGCAAGAAAGAGUAG